AUUACAGAGACCCCACAUGCCUGGCUGUUAUUUCUAUCUCACACAGGGUUUAAAAGCUGCAAGAGAGGUUGAAAAGCUUGCCCAGAGGUAAAAUUUGAAUCCAAGAAAUCUGGCUCCAUAUUUGCACUGGUGUGUUUGUGUGUGUGUGUGUGUGUGUGUGUGUGCAUAUAAAAUAAAUUAAAUUGGUCAUCUUUACCACUUGUGAGUGGAACUUAAGUGGUGUGAGUAUAUUAACAUUGCUUUGCCCUGAUCAUCCUCUCUAUCUCAUGAGCUUUUUCAUCUUUCCAAACUGCAACUCCAUCCCCAACAGAGUAAUUUCCCAUUUCCACCCCCACCAAGCCCCAGGCAACCACCAUUCUACUGUCUGUGUCUGUGAUUUUGACCAUUCUAGGGCACUCUAGGGCAUUCUAUGAUGGAACCUAGAUACCUCCAUAAACAGAAGCAUACAGUAUUUGCCUCGUGUCUCACUUAUUUCGUUCAGUAUAAUGUGUUUAGGCUUAACUGUGUCAUAGCAUGUGACAGAAUUUCCUUCCUUUUAAAGACUGAAUGCUAGUCUAUUUUGCAUGCAUCCACACCACCUUUUGUUUGCCUUGCAUUCACUGAUGGACACUUGGAUUGCUCUCGCCUUUUAGUUGUUGUGACUAACGCUGUGCUGUGAGUUGAGAGGGAGGCAUUGUUAUGGGUCCUGUUUUACAGCUGGGAAACUGAGGCAUGGAGGAGUUGUGUAUUCCUGUGGAGCUGAGAUUUGAGCCCCAGCAGGCUGGUUCUGGAGCCCAUGCUGCACCCAGCAAAGGAGGCUGGGGUUGCAGUAGGAAGGGCAUGGAAGCAGAGUGUCACAUAUGGUGUCUUUGUACGAAGGAGAAGGUGUGGCUAGAAGUGACCAGAGCCCAGCUGAAAAAAGUGGGACAGAUCCAGGAAGACCAGCAGCAAAGUGGGGUUGGUGCCCAGGGACCCUGGUCUUCUUCCCCUUUUCCCAAAGAUGAUUAUUACUUACAAAGGGAAGAUGAUAACUAAUUGGGCAGAGGGGAAGGUGUCAGGUGCUCCCUUCUCUAAUGAAUCGGCUGAUCACUGAGAUCAGGCCAGACUGUUGUGCACUGUUGCUGGUCAGCUUCGCUAAGGCCACAGUAGCACUUGUGUGUUGCUUGCACACAUAUGUUUAAUCUCCUUUCCCCUCUCUGCUUUAAAAUUGAAAUUUUAAAUUGUAUGGUUGACAUGCAGACAAGCGGUAUGUAUUAAUGUAUACAUCCUGAUGGGUGACUUAGUGCCAGUCCAGCCACUUUGUCACUGUCAUUUCUUCUUGGCACUUGUUCCUGGAGGGAGAGUAUACAGAGGGGUGUGGUGGAGGCCAGUGGGAAGACAGGAAACCAGUGAUAGACUGGCAAAUCUCUAAAAUGGCCCGAUGCAGCUAACACUUGGAAGGGAUCAAAAGGGGUGAGAGGGUGAGUAGCCAGGGAGACCUCUCUGAGGAGAUUUGAAGGAAAAAUCUGAAGGCCUUGAGGGAAGAGGUCAGGGAGAGAGCAGCUGGUGCAAAGACCCUGGGCAGGACAGCUCUUGGCCUAUUCAGAGCCAGCAAGAGAGCUCUGUGGCUGGACCAGUAAAGAGGUGGGAGAGGUGGGCAAGGACUUGGUCUUGGAGGAUCUGAGGGUCACAUGAGGAGGCUGGAUUUUAUUCUAAGGGAGCCAUAGGAAGGCUAAACAUAGCUAUGAUGGGAUCUAGUUGGGAAAAUAUUGCCACUACUCUCCCCAUUUUACAGCUAAAGAAACUGAGGCCCCAAACCAUAGCCUGUGAGUACCUCUGAAGGUUGUUCCUCCUUUGGGGUCCCAAAAAAGGAGGCUGUAAAUUCUUUAGGAGUUCCAUUGGGGACAUAAUUGGUGAGUGACCAAAGCCUAACAACGCUGGAGACCCUCUUUUACCUUCUCCCCUCAGACCCAAGCCUAGGUUCAAAUUCUGGUUCUGCCUAUUUACUUAGCUGGGUGACUUCAGGCUGGUGGUCUUACUUCUGUGUGUCUCAAUUUUUUCAUCUGCAAAAUGGAAAUAACAGCACUACAUACCUCAUAGAGUAGCUGUGAGAAUGAAAUGAAUUAACAUAUAGAAAGAGCUUAGAACAGUGCCUAGUCCAGAGUAUUCAAAUGAGAUGAGUUCUUUUUUAUUAUGCAAUGGUGCUUUGCAGUUACUACUAUUAGUGCCUGAAGGAGGGCCAGGUGGGGAGCCUAGAGCUCAUGGUGGGGGACAAUGGUCUUGUCCAUCCCUUCCUAAAAUUGAGGAGUAGGGGGGGCUCAGUGCUUGGAGAAGAAGGAAAGCUUUCCAAGUCACUUCCUGCCCCUUCUGCCUCCACCCCAGGCCUGGCCCAACCCCCGCCAAACAAAGAAAUGAAAUAAGAAGAUUCUCUUUGGCUGCCCAGGUCUGAGGCUGAUGGACAUCUCCUUCCCUGGACCUCAGUCUCUCAGGGAAAAAUGGCUCACCUGAGUGGCAGAGGCCUUGGGGUGGCAGAGGGGAGAGUCAUUGCCCUGGCAAGGUUCCUUCCUGUAGGGCUGCACUCUCCUCUGGAAAUGGGUUAUAGUGGGAUCCAGGGGAUUGGAGGUUUAAAUGAGCCCAGUGCUCAGUGCCCAGCACUCAGAAUUGUAGUUUUAAUGAUUGCGCCCACCCCUGCUGGCAUUUACAAUUUGUACGAAGUAUGGACACCCUCAGUCCCCCAAGGUCACACUGGCCUGUCCCUGAAGAUGGAGGCACCCCUCAAUCAUAGAGCAGAGGGCCAGCAACCUAUCUAGGGACUCGUAGAUAGAAAAGGGUAGCAUUAAGACUUGGUCUGGACUUAAGGAAGAAGAAGGGGAAGGGGAAAGAGAAGGAGAAGAAGAAAAAAAAAAGACUUGGUCUGGAGGGAAAGUGGCCAGAUUAGACCCCCAUGUGACUAUGGGCAAGUGACAGCCUGUCCCUGCCUGGUUUGCAUUAGUCAAGCUAGGAUGACAAUAGAGCUUACCUCACAGGGGCUUGGGGGAAGAUUAACAUGGGUUAAGUAAUACCAGGAAGGACACUUUCCUGUGCCAAGCCCAGCGAGCAUUCACUGCUGGUCCUGAGAUUGUGUGCGUGCUCAGUGUUCCGGUCUCUAAAUGGAUGCAUGACUUCGAGCUCCAGUGAGCUGUGGGCUGUGGGAUCAGACUGGCUCCUGAAUGAGAGUCCCCCAGUAAGCUGGAGUGGUUUUGACCUGGUUCUGGCACUGGCCAACUGUCAAUGAACAGGGGAUCCAGGAUCCCGAUCAGCUCUGGCCCCUCCCUGGCUUUCCUUCCCCCUUUUCGGGUAAUACAGUACCUGGGCGGCGAUUCACCUGCCCGCUGCCGCCACCGGAAGUUGCGCAAAGACGGGUUACCCGAGCCACAGGUGGGCAGGCCGGAGGAGCAUAGGGCAGCUCAGCGGACGUUGCAGCCAGCCGGUGCCGCGUCCAGCUGCCGUCUCUUUCUGGAUGCCUAUCUCCUUAUGUCUAUGGUCUCUUCAAGACUCACGCCCUUGAGGAACGUGACAGCCAUGCCGGUGGACACGUUGACACCAGGAGCCCCAGCCACGCCUGUUCUUCCUUUCCGCCUGCGGACCAAAGUUCCUGGCUACUUACUACGGAGGCCAGUGGAUGGUGGAGCCCGGAAACUCAGUGCUGUGGAGCGCCUGGAAGCGGACAAGGCCAAGUAUGUCAAGAGUCUGCAUGUGGCCAGCACCCGCCAGGAGCCUGUACAGCCUCUGCUGUCUAAACAGCCACUCUUUAGCCCAGGGACUCGCCGAACAGUGCUCACACCCAGCCGUCGAGCUCUGCCUGGUCCUGGCUGCCGGCCCCACUUAGACCUGGACAUCCUUAGCAGCCUCAUCAACCUGUGCGAUAGCCCGGUGUCCACUGCUGAGGCCAGUCGAACCCCUGGACUAGCAGAGGGAACCCCCCAGCGCCUCCCAGCCACCCCUCCACGCCCACUGCCCAGUACAGCUGCUGUCCGCCGAGUGGACGUUCGCCCUCCACAUGUGUCACCCGCUGGGCCCUGCCCAUCACCAGGCACAACUGUAGCCUCCAGCCCAGUGCGGCCACCGGGUCUGCAGCGCUCUAAGUCGGACCUGAGCGAGCGCUUCUCCCGGGCAGCAGCUGACCUUGAGCGCUUUUUUAACUUCUGCGGCCUGGACCCAGAGGAGGCACGGGGGUUGGGGGUGGCCCACCUGGCUCGGGCCAGCUCAGACAUCGUGUCCCUGGCGGGGCCCAGUGCUGAGCCAGGCAGCUCUGAGGGGGGCUACUCUGCCCGAAGCUCGGCUGCAGUGGAGGAGCGCGCCCGGGAGCGGGCCCCCUAUGGUGUGUCUGCGGUGGAGCGUAAUGCCCGUGUGAUCAAGUGGCUGUAUGGCUUACGGCAGGCACGGGAGACCCCUGCGGCUGACGGCUAGGUCUCUCUUCCAUGUGGAAUUCACCACAGGACAGGUCUUGGAGAGGCAGCUGCCUCCUGACUGCUCCUGCAGCAUUCAUUCCAUGUCUGGAUAGACCAGAGAUGGUCCCUGGGUGAACUUGGUAUAGAGCCAAAGGCUGAGGCCUGGACCAAGGACUGGGGAGGGCUGUUCCUGACCUUCGAGCCCUCUGCCCCACAUACAAGGUUUCUGACAUGAGUCAAGAGCCUGCUUGACUCUUCUGGUGAGGCUGGAUUUGAGAUGUUUUAACUCUCACCACUGAGAGUGAGGGGCUUGGGGACCUGCCGAGCCUGUAUACCCAGUGGCUCCAUUUCCUCCUUCCUUCCUGGCCUCAGUCCUUUGCUGACUUCCUCUUCCUUACUCGGUUGGCCCCAGCUUCCUGGGAACUCAUCCUGGGGUGAGGGCAGGGGGAGGGGGCCUGUCUACUGCUCUUCCUGACCUUUGGCAGCUGGCUUAGGUGGGUAGAAGACAGGAGGGACUGACUAGGAGUGUGCACUCCUCUGCCCUUCUUCCCUUGGUUAAUAAAUGCAAAUGCUUCUUUC